AGCCCUGUUCCUGCACUCCCGUAUUCGUGCUUGUGAACCCUGGUGUACCGACCUCCGCCUGUCCUCCGACCGACCCCGUAAGCUUGAUGUCUUUGAUACUCCUGCAAUCUCUGAUCGAUCUCCUGUGUACCGACCCCUGCUUGCCCGCGGACCUGCUCUCUAUGCCUGACGUCUGAGUUACCGCUGCUCUACUUGACUGUCUACCUGAUCCCCGACAUUGGAACAAAUAAACAAUUUUCCCACACUGCCUUUGCGUCUCCGGAGUCCUGCAUUUGGGUCCUCCUCUGUACCGAUGGGUCGUGACAGAACGAUCUGGCCAACACAGGACCCAGCAGGAAAGACCCGGUGUCGCCGAGACCGACGCGAGUCCCAGUCAGUUUGUUCCCGAGUGUCUUCACCCAGUAGGUCCAAGUCCGCGUCCUCCAAUCCUUUUUUGGGAACCUGCAUGGCCAUUUACCCGGGUCCUCCACGUGGCGGCAAGAGGAGACGCCCAAGCAGGGUGCCUCCUUGUACCUCCCGCUGCGCGCUGACAAAGACACAGUCCUCGUCUAUCCACUCCUCACCAGCAACGACCAAACCAGCAGACCCGGAGCUGGUGGCGAAACUUCCAGCCCAGAAGGACGUGGGUUCACCAAAUCCUGAGGUGCAGCGACUUGAGGAUCACAAGGUUUUCCAUCGAGAAAUGCGGGUGGAAAUAGAGCGGCAGAGUGUCGAACUGGCGGCCCUCACGGCCCAGGUUCGGCGGGGAUUAUAUAACCAGCCGAGCCACGCCCACGCUGUGGUGGCAAUGGACUUUCUGACAAAUCACGAUCACACCGCAGUAGCAACGGACCCGCUACUGAGCAAAGUUCAUGUUGCUGUGGCAAUGGAUCCACCGCCGCGCCAUUCCCACGUCGUGGUUGCAAUAGAUUCACUGCAAGCUCACGCUGCGGUAGCCACUGAUCCGCUACCGAGCCAAGCUCACGUUGCAGUGGAAACAGAUCCGCCACCUCACCUUUGCCCACGUCACGGUUUCGAUAGACGCGCUGCUGACCGAUUCUCACGCCACGGUAUCCAUCGACUCCUUUCCCGUCGUUGGUGGCAACAGAUUCACUUUUACUUUGAACAAAGCCUUUUCUUCAAUUGAAUGUGAUUUGCAUUUCACACUUGGAUGGAAGAAGCAAUGUUGACAUUGGUAAGAAAACGGAAUAAAUUUUGCCUUCUGGUAAUGUUACGGUCAGUUUAAUAAGUAAUUUACAAUAUGUCCUCAACAUAUUUGACUGGACAUAAUAUUUUGCCUUCUGAUCCAGCUCACUAGAGUCCAGAGAGUGGAGAGACCAGCAGAGAUCAGGUUGAUGGUAGCCUAAUGGAGACGAGAGGAGCUGCUGCUUAAACGUUCAUAUUUCUCUUAGAUAGACCAAAAAAGAUGUCAUAGAGCAUUGCUAAAUAUUGAAGAUAAAAGCCUUGUGUGAAGCUUGUUAGACCAUGUGUAUGAACACUGAAACUCAUUGGCCUGUACUUGUAAACUAAGUUAAGUUGGCAAGUGAUAACAUUUUGGCCAACACUAGAUAGAUGCAUGGACUAAAAUCUUCAUUUUCAAUUUUCAAUUCAAUUUCCAGGAUGCACCAAGUGAAUCAGGUUUUAUUCAAUCAAAGCUAAAAUAAUGACAAUAAUGAUCCAUCCAUCCAUUUUCUGAGCAGCUUCUCCUCACAAAGGUUACGGGAGUGCUGGAGCCUAUCCCAACUGUUUCCGGGCAAAGAUAUUCAUAAAAAUGAAAAAUAGACAAAAUGGACCCU